GGAUGCUAAGCUCACGUUCCUCGCCUUAGCGUAGGCUGCCCCAUGUCUUGGUUUAGUGCUUCUCCCCACCCUAGUAGCUUAGCCAUUGCUUGUCCAAUCCCAUUCCCAUUUCGCAUCACGCUCUAUUCCUGACCAAGGCUGUCAAAUGAGAGCCCCACUCAUGUGGCAUCCACUUCAUAUCGUUUUCUUUGUCGAUAAGGCUGCCAUCCCGUCUCCGGUGACGUCCAAGGAAGAACGAUUUGUAAAGUUGGACGGAGAUAGGCUGCCUCUGGUCGGUAUGAAGCCGAAAGUCCCUCGUGCCUCGACAAGUCUGCGCUUCAACCCGACGCACGGCGCACGUGGGAUCCGAAUGGGACGAAAAGAUAGCUCCUCCGGUGGGCUAUAUAAGCCUUGCCGUGGACGGGCUCAGGUGUCCUAGCCAGCAGCAUUGUUCAAGCUCACGCCCUCAAUCGGAGAGUAAUCAUGAAGUCCGCCGCUCUGCUUACUGGUCUCAGCCUCUUGGCCUCUCUAGGUCUUGCUAGCCCUGUCACGUCCGAGUAUACGAGCGUCCGAGAAGCUCCUUUCGGAUACAAGGCUGGUUCCCAGGAAUCCAUUCAGAACCUGAAGGACAAGGUCGAGAACAUUGUGUGGCUCAUUCUCGAGAAUAGGUUGUGGUAUGUGAGGACAAGCACUAACAUGUGGUCCAGAUCUUUCGAUAACAUCUUGGGAGGUGUGCGCCGCCAAGGACUCGAUAACCCGAUCAACAACGGACCGUUCUGCAACUACAAGAAUGCGAGCGACCCAUCCUCCGGAAAGUACUGUACCCAGGCCAAGGACUAUGAUUCUGUGUUCAACGAUCCGGAUCACUCCGUGACUGGCAAUAACUUGGAGUUCUACGGGACUUACACCCCAAACAAUGGUGCGAUUGCCAGUGGCAAGGUCGUCGCCGACCAGUCUGGCUUCCUCAACGCCCAGCUCAACGACUACCCCAAGCUGGCCCCAGAGGAGGCGACAAGGCAGGUGAUGGGAUACUACACCGAGGAGGAGGUUCCUACGCUCGUGGACCUUGUGGAUGAGUUCACGACUUUCAACAGCUGGUUCUCGUGUGUGCCUGGACCUACCAACCCUAACCGCUUGUGCGCUCUGGCAGGAACCUCUGCCGGACAUGGCAAGAAUGACGAUGACUUCCUCAACUAUGGCAUCUCUAGCAAAUCCAUCUUUGAGGCCGCCAACCAGAAGGGCAUCUCCUGGCUCAACUACGAUGGCACGAACGGAGAAUUCGAACCGGAUUCUCUCUUCUUCACCCACGUCAACCAGACCUCCCGGUCCAACGUGGUGCCCGUCGAAAACUUCUUCCAAGACGCGUACUUGGGUGUCCUGCCUAAGUUCUCUUACAUCAACCCCUCCUGCUGCGGCACCAACACCAACUCCAUGCACCCCACCGGCAACGUCUCCUACGGUGAGGUCUUCGUCAAGCAGAUCUAUGACGCGAUCCGUCAAGGCCCCCAGUGGGACAAGACCCUACUCUUCAUUACCUAUGACGAGACGGGUGGCUUCUACGACCACGUCCCUCCCCCGCUCGCCGUCCGCCCGGACAACCUGACCUACACUGAGACUGCGAAGAACGGCCAGAAGUACACUCUUCAUUUCGACCGUCUGGGUGGCCGCAUGCCAACUUGGGUUGUCUCCCCUUACAGUAAGAAGGGAUACAUCGAACAGUAUGGAACGGACCCCGUCACCGGCAAGCCCGCUCCCUACAGUGCUACCUCCGUCCUCAAGACUCUUGGAUAUCUGUGGGAUAUCGAAGACUUCACCCCCCGUGUCGCCCACUCUCCAUCUUUCGAUCACCUGAUCGGCAAGACCUUGCGUGAGGAUGCUCCUAUUGCUCUCAAGACUCCCCAUACCUUUUCGAUAUAA